AUGCCCGUUCAAACUAGCCCACCGUCGCUGCCGGAUUCGUUUCCAUCAUUUAUGUCGGUGUUUGGUGGGGAGUCGCAUAUCUCGCUUGGAAAGGAGGAACAACAUCCGCAAAUCCAUCCACUCAGACUUCCGACUAAUGUUACGGUCAACACAUCGCGACGUCCCCUUCCUUUCCAGCACCGUGAGAGCGUCUCCUCUGUAACAUCUGGAUCCGCCGAUUCUUCUCCAACAACUACCGUCUCAACCUUCGACUCGCCCAUCACAUCCGAUACUUCUCCGGGGUCGUCGCCUGAAUCGCCAACGUCGAUGCCGCUUUCAUACUCAAAAUUCAUGGCUGCGCCGCGCAAUUUCGAAAAUCAAGCGCUCUCUACGGCACAGAGCAAUCUUUCCAAGAUGACGUCGGACCUACCCCAGCGGCGACCUGACUCCCCGGGGAGGCGGGACCGUAACCUUAAAAACCUCUCAUUGAGAAUGCCUCCACCGCUCAGUUCGUCACGUCCUUCAAUAUCAACUGCUUCUAUAAUCGAAACAAAUUCUCAGCAUCAUUUGUCCGCUCCUCCUUCGCCCAUAAAUAUGCCUGCAAAGGGUAUGCGGCGCAAACCUGCCGGUCUUACGAUCCGCACCCCGGGAUUUGAUCGCUCUUUCUCCGGCAACAUCCCCGAACUAGUCCCGCCAACUCCCCAUGGCCGACUAUCAUUGCGACACACAGAGUCGUCGCCUUCUCUUACCUCUGUCUUUUCGCCGUCAUUUGGCCCUAAAGGUGGCAUGUCAUUGCCGCGACCGAGCACGCAACAUGGUUAUCGGCGGCCGUCUGCCGCUGCCUCCGAGGAUAACCUUUCGCCCGUGCCUUCGGUUGCUGGCGAGGAGCCAACACCGGAAGGGAUCUUGCACGAAUUGGCGGAAGAAGAUGACCCGCCGCUCGAUUCUAGAGAAUCUGCGCAACGCAGCGAGCGCGGCUACCCUAACGGACCCAUUCAAAUAUAUGAUUCCGGUGUGUUUUUGUACCUCGAGCCGACAAUGGAAGAAGCUUCCAAGUUUGACGUCGUCGUAAAUGUGGCCAAGGAGGUGACCAAUCCGUUCAAGAAGACCGAUGGCUCUCAAACAGUAAUGAGUACUUGGCGCAAUGGAGCUGAGAAUCUCAAGCGACAAUCGUGCUCAACACCUUUUACAGCAUUUUCUGACACAUCCUUCAAGUCGGCUUUCGAGUACCUUCCUAGUGACGAGUCGACUCCCGCAGCACCGCGCAAUGAACCGUCUGGGCCGGAGUAUGUCCACGUAGGGUGGGACCACAAUUCGGAAAUUCUGGAUGAUUUGUACCCACUAUGUGAGCUGAUUGACUCGCGGAUAUCCCAAGGGAAAAAGGUCCUUGUCCACUGCCAACUUGGUGCAAGUCGAUCUGCUUCCCUGGUAAUCGCAUACGGACUGUUCAAGAACCCGACCUUGGAUUUCAACGCCAUGUACGAAACAGUCAAAGAACGGAGCCGGUGGGUCUCGCCGAAUAUGAGCCUCAUCUAUCAGUUGACGGAUUUCCGCUCGCGGUUGGUGCGUGGCUCACGGCCUUCUUCUGGGGACUGGUCAUUCAGGGGUUCAGCGCCCCAAACGCCGCUCUCUGGUCGAACCGGGUCUCAGGCCGACAUUGCAGCUGGCAGUCCUGACAAUGCCCUGCUAUCAUCGAAUACGUUCUCACAAAGCUCCUUCAGCUCUAACUCUCUCUCGGUACCAUCCACCGACCGCACAACACCCGUGUCGACCAACAGUUUGGGGUUUCCCAAGUCCUUAUCUAAGAAGCGGAGCGUUUCACCAAGGCCCUUGGCUCUGCGACAAAGUUUUUUCAACCCAGAAAUAGGAAAGGCAGAAUCUGUUCCCACCGCUGGGCCUUUCAAGGACGGGAAAAGCGAUGACCCGGCUAUGGAUGCUUUCAAGGAGCCUGCCCUUUUUUCUCCACGAACAACAGGCUUUCUGGCACCUCGUCCGCGCCCGUUAUCGGGAAUUUUGGAGAAUGGUCAACCGAACGGCCUUCCACUGCAGAUUGCGGACCCUCGGUCGCCUCCGCAAGGUCAGGAGCGGCUGAUUAUGAGAAACAUCGACGAGUUUUUGUGA